CAACUGUUGGGGAAGAUGUGGAGUGUCUCAAAUUAUGAAAUUCUAUUGCUCACGUCUUUAAUAUUGAAGGUACUUGGUUUCAAGGCUACUUCUUGUAUCGCUGGUGUGGUUGCUGUUUCUGCAAUGGCAGCAAGAGUCAUAGCACAGUUGAUUGUGGUGGGUUCUGGGAUGAUGAUAAGGGCAUUUGCUCAAGCAUAUCGACAGGCAUUAAGUAAUGCCUCAAAGACUGGUGCUGCUCAAGAGGUUGCACAAAACAUUCAAAGGGCAGGCAAAGCAAUAACUGAAAGUGAGGCAAGGCAAGUCCUUGGCGUCGCUGAGAAUUCGUCAUGGGAAGAAAUCAUGCAGAAGUACGAUAACUUGUUUGAGCAAAAUGCAAAGAACGGAAGCUUCUAUCUCCAAUCAAAGGUGCAUAGAGCAAAAGAAUGUCUGGAAGCUGUGUACCAGAGUAAAUCUGAGGGAACAAAUUAAAGAAUUGGUUUUUGGAUGUUAUUGUUAUCCCUUUUGAUACAUUAAUCAAUCUACUACGGUGAUGUCUGCCUUGUAAAGGUAUAACUUGCAUUGCUGAACUUCUGUUGUGUCAUGCCUCUUGCGGGAAAUUAUUAAGUUAUAUAAAGAAA